AUGGGGCCUGAUGUGCCUUCACGCAGGAGCGUCCUCCCCUCCGGCGAGGGGCAUUGCGGCAGACAUGGAGGCGUGAAUCAGCUGGGGGGUGUUUUUGUGAACGGCCGCCCCCUCCCCGAUGUGGUUCGCCAAAGGAUUGUGGAGCUCGCCCACCAAGGGGUCCGUCCGUGUGACAUCUCCCGGCAGCUCCGCGUCAGCCACGGCUGCGUCAGCAAAAUACUUGGCAGGUAUUACGAAACCGGGAGCAUUAAGCCUGGAGUGAUUGGAGGAUCAAAACCAAAGGUUGCCACACCCAAAGUCGUUGAAAAAAUCGCAGAGUAUAAGCGCCAAAACCCCACCAUGUUCGCCUGGGAGAUCAGGGACAGGCUCCUCGCAGAGCGAGUGUGUGAUAAUGACACUGUGCCCAGCGUCAGUUCCAUUAACAGGAUCAUACGGACAAAGGUGCAGCAGCCACCCAAUCAGCAGGUCCCAGCCACCAGUCACAGCAUAGCCUCCACAGGGUCCGUGACCCAGGUGUCCUCCGUCAGCACCGACUCGGCCGGAUCAUCCUACUCCAUCAGUGGGAUCCUGGGAAUCGCCUCCCCCGGUGCCGAGAGCAACAAGCGCAAGCGGGAUGAAGGUAGCGGGAACUUUUUUUUUGCAUGGGGG